AUGGAGAUCUUUAAAGAGGAGAGGGGCCUGUACCAGGACAAGGUCUUCUGCUUUGUCCAUCUGAGUGUUCAGGAGUUUCUGGCUGCUCUUCAUGUUCAUCUGACCUCCAUCACCUCUGGAACAAAUCUGUUGUCAGAAGAACCAACAACGAGCCAGUGGUCCAGACCAUUUAGAAAAAAACGCCAGCGCUCCAUACAAACAAACAAACCUGAACUGAAUCAUCUGCACCAGAGUGCUGUGGACGAGGCCUUACUGAGUCCAAAUGGACACCUGGACUUGUCCCUCCGCUUCCUCCUGGGUCUUUCACUGGAGACCAAUCAGAAGGUCUUAAGAGGUCUACUGACACAAACAGGAAGUGGUUCAAAGACCAAUCAGAAAACAGUUGAGUACAUCAAGAAGAAGAUCAGUGAGAAUCUGUCAGCAGAGAGAAGCAUCAACCUGUUCCACUGUCUGAAUGAACUGAACCAUCGUUCUCUUGUGGAGGAGAUCCAAGAGUCCCUCACAUCAGGACGCCUGUCCACAAAGACACUGUCUCCUGCUCAGUGGUCAGCUCUGGUCUUCAUCUUACUGUCUACAGGAAAAGAUCUGGAAGAGUUUGACCUGAAGAAAUACUCUGCUUCAGAGGAGGCUCUUCUGAAGCUGCUGCCGGUGGUCAAAGCCUCCAACAAAGCUCUACUGAGUGGCUGUAACCUCUCAGAGAGAAGCUGUGACGCUCUGUCCUCAGUCCUCAGCUCUGUGUCCUCUAGUCUGAGACACGUGGACCUGUGUAACAACAGGCUGCAGGAUUCAGGAGUGAAGCUGCUGUGUGAUGGACUG